UAUGUAACUGAUUAUAAAAGUGAAUAAUUAAAAAUUAUUUGGACUUCCAUUAACGUGAUUAAUAAUAAUAUUUUACUCCAGUGCUAAAUAAGAUAUAAAAAGGACAUUUUUGACUCAUAGUGACGUGGUGACAAAAGUUAUCCUGUAAUAAGGAUUUGUCGUUGACGAUAGUGUCUCAAUUUUUCGUCACAGAGAGGAUAUUAUCUAUAAAUACUAAAACUGGACUUUUAUUAAUUAUUAUUAUGUGUCAAAAUUUGGGCACAUUACAAAAGGACUUGAGGGCAACUAGUGAUAAGAAAAAGGCAACAAAAUUGAGCUGAACAAGUAUAAUUGAUAGAAACACUUGUUAUGACGUUUAGCACCUGUUGAUUUUCGCACCUGUUGAAUCAGGCACAAAAAGUGUUUAUUUUACGAACUGUUUCUGUUAAAAUAAAAUGGACUUUAUCUUGUUAUUACGUGUUAUUACCACUAUCAACAUUAACAUCACCUCCAUCAUCAUCAUCAAUAAUAGUAAAAGUACAUCGCUCAUAUGCUAAAUUGAGUAAUAUUAUUGUUAUUCAGUUUCUUGCCGUUGUUUUUCCCGUAUCUGUUUUGACUGUUUGAUAAAAUCGAAAUAUAACAAAUACCUAAAUAAUGGAAACGUGUGUAUUAAUUCCUCAAGAAUUUAGCUUGUGCGUGAGAGGGGCCGUUAUAGGGUCCCGAAAGACUGAACCCGAAGUUUCUGUAUGGAGCAAUAGUCAUAUCGCGCAGGGGUCCCUUUGCUAUCCUUUUCAAGGGACCAUCCGAUUGGAUAAACUCGAAGUGUAUGGACAACUAGAUGACGAUGAUAUUCGUCACCGAUUCGGCUGUUACGACGAAAUAUCCGGUAGCGGUUUAAAGAGGGUUCGUCAUUGUAACUGGGUACGUUUUGUACGUGUAGCGACCACCUUCAACCCCGCCGUAAAUUUCGUCGCGACAAAAGUGCGAGGCGAGCCCGUAUACGAAGCCGUCAAACCAAUACCACCGGAUACAGAACUAUUAGUAUAUUACUUGCCAGAAAGACCUGAAGAAUUAUUUUUCGUUAGGAUGAGGGCAUCUUUGUAUAGACAAACGAUGGACUCGAUUUUGGAAGAUUCGCCCUUAGAUCUGUCGAUGUCCUUAUUAUCAAGGGCGUUAUCAAAUUCACCCCCGUCAGCUGAAGACGAAAGAAAAUCACUAUCUGGAGACAGUUCGGCGGCUAGUUCGCAAGGUGAUAUUCUGGAAUCAAGUGGACCCACUCCGAGAGCAAGACCAAGAGAAAGGGCGCUGCUACCAUGCAGUGUUUGUAACAAAGCUUUCGACAGACCGUCUUUGCUCAAAAGGCACAUGAGGACGCACACAGGAGAGAAGCCUCAUGUGUGUAUGGUCUGCGGUAAGGGAUUUAGUACGUCCUCUUCGUUGAACACGCACAGAAGAAUACACAGCGGCGAAAAGCCCCAUCAGUGCCCGGUUUGUCUGAAAAGGUUUACGGCAUCCUCGAAUCUGUACUAUCAUCGUAUGACACACAUAAAGGAUAAGCCACACAAAUGUAACCUCUGCAGUAAAUCCUUCCCUACCCCUGGCGACCUGCGAUCUCACAUGUACGUUCACUCUGGUUCCUGGCCUUUCAAAUGCCACAUCUGUUCAAGAGGUUUCUCCAAACACACGAACCUCAAGAACCAUUUGUUCCUCCAUACCGGUGAUAAGCCUCACGCUUGCGACCUUUGUAACAAGAAAUUCGCUCUUGCAUGCAACUUGAGGGCCCAUAUGAAGACGCACGAAGGUGAUCCACAAGAAGAGUGUCAACGUUGUCACAAAAUGUUCCUUAGUACAGGCAAUAAUAACAAAGACGUAUGUACCAAUUGCAAAAUGCAAUCAGAACAAAAACCUCACCCCGAUUCAGCCGAAGAUUCGUGCGGUACCCAAACAGAAGAUAGCAAUGGCACCCCUGAAUGAAAUUUAAACAAAAUGGCUUUGAUACACAUAAAUAUGUACAAAAAACGGGGCAACCUAUUAUCUAUCAAGCAUCAGACCAUCUCAUCAUACUUUGGUUAAUUCAAAUUUAUCAUAAGUUAUUUCAGUUUUUGAAAAACGAAACUCUUUUCGUUUUCUUGUGUAUAAUGGGUUGCCUAACUGUUACUCUUCAAUGAACACCACGGUACCUACUGAAGUCAAAGAGUAAGUACGCUCAUUUUUGUUUUGUGAGAGAAUUGUGUGAUUGUACGUACUACUGAUCUACAAAUGAUAAUAACGAGAACGUAUUUAUUAUUCUAAUUACUAAUUAGUUGAUGAUAAUGUUUAAUACUACGGCUGUAAAUAUUUUUACUCCUCACUGUUGAUUCUAUCGCGUAAUAUAAAAUGCUUCUUAUUCGUGAUUGUAACGUAAGACUUGACAUGAUGAUUCUUAUUAUAAAAUUAUAAUAAAUGGAUUGGUUCGGUUAUACAUACAAAUAUAUUUCAUAAA